UAAUAAUUUAUAAUACAAGUGAGUAAAAUUGCUGCUUCAUGAUGGAUGGCAUCGCUCGUGUCAAUGUUGAUCCUUACGUAAUGGAAUAUGUGAUGCAUUGCAUGUAUGAUACAUUCCUGAAACUACAACAGGGAUUAAGAGUAUCAAUAUCAUGGCGGAAAGACGACGAUUCGGUAAUGUUAACUUCAACUUCUCGGCCUGCUACAAGAGAUCUACACCAGGCAUUGAAUCGAUUCUUUGUAAUGUAUAACGCCGUAACGAGGAAUCUGACAUUUGAAUAUUGUCAAUUGAGCAAAUAUCCUGAUAUUAAUCUAUCAAUUGUGAAUCAAAUCAGAGACAGAUAUCCCAGGAUCAACAUUCAAAAAACUAACAAUAAAGGAGAAAUCAAAAUUAUCGGAUUUAAAAACGAAAUUACUCAAGUUUUGUCUUUUAUUCGUGAAUACGUUCACAAAAAUUCAAGAAUCCCGGAGCAACGGACUAUAGUCUUGGUGGAUCACAGGCAGCGUCUGCCUCGACAAGAAAACAGGACUCCGCCUGAUGACCACUUGUUAUACCAAGAUGAAUUGUCACUGGAGAAUCCAAAAACAAUGUUGUUCAGUAAAUCAUUUGAAAAGAAAAUUUCAAGUUUCAAAUCAAGACGACAAGAAUACUUGACACAAAAUAGCAAUUCACCGCCAUCACGUUACAGCACGUCAGAGAUACGUCGACUACAGCAAAGUCAAACUACUAAAAAGACAUUGACUUUGCCAAAAAUCAAUGCGCGAACGGAACAAACUCAGAAUCUGGUGAAAAAACAUCACGAGAUUAGAACGACAACUGGUCUGAUAGUUUCUACCUGCCUACAAGAUGCAAUAUCUGAUGAACCUAUCUCCGAAGUACUGGUAUCAGAAAUAUCCCCUACUGGUAGACUCUCUGACGACAUCAUGUGGAUGGUUGCGAAACAACGAAGUUUUGAACUCACAAAAAUCAUUAGGCUUCACAUUGCUCUGUAUGGACAAGUGUCGCCUUCUAGGGUUAUCGUGACACCUGGAUUUAGACUUCCCUACACUCAUAUUAUUCACGUCGCUACUCCAUCAUGGGAAGAUGAAAAUCCAAAGAAAAGUUUAAGAAAUUUAUUCACUGCAUAUAAAAACGUCAUACGGAUAGCAGAUACGGAUUUAAAUGCGACAAGUAUUAGUAUACCUAUUUUGGGAAGAUGUUCAACAGCAGGUCGAACAUUUCCUGAACACCAAGCAUUAGCUGUCAUGAGGCAAUCAGUCGUAGGCGUCACAAAAUCUGGUCUUCAGCACAUACGUCACUUGAGAAUUCUGUGCUCACGUCAGAGAGAAUUAAAUUUUGUAAAGACAAAGCUGUUUCCACAACUAAUGUUUGUAACGUAUGACUCACGAUAUUUAUCUCAGCAACAACAAAGAUAUUUUAGAAAGCGAGACGAAGAGGAAGUUGAUAUAUAUACUGAUGACGGGGCACUCUUUUGAAUUACCAUUUCCAGAUUGAACAAACUACUAUUAACGUUUUGCAGAAUUUUAUUUUAUGAAACUAAA